AUGGCAGAUGUUGAUGCUGCAUGGGCUAACGAUACGAUUGUCAACCGGGCAAUUUUUGUGGUGGGCGAGGGUCAUGGGAAACACCGGUACAAUGUGCCCUUCAAUUUCAGUGACUUGGAUAUUGCAAAUUGGCAAGAUGAUAUUUUCCUAACGCAAUUUGAAAAUGAAUUUUAUAUGAACACAUUCCUCAGCUGUUGUUCAGACGCCCAAAAGUGUUGCGAAAAACAAUUACAAGAACCGGUCGACCCGUCCGGCACAGGCAGGCGAUGCCCGGCUAAAUGGGACGGUUGGAUGUGCUGGGACUCGGCAUUGCCCGGUCGCGUUGAAUUUCAAAAAUGCCCUGGCAUGUCCCAUAACAUAUUGGGCUAUCACCCCACCGAAUGCGCUAAUGAAUAUGCUAGCAAACAUUGUCUGGAUAAUGGCACCUGGGCAACCAAAUGGCUGCUAUACGAUGACCAGCACCCGGAGGACGGGUAUUACAUGGACGAGGAUACCCACUAUGACUACUGUACGCACCCAAUGGCAUCGGAUAGACUGAGACAGGCACACACGUCGCUAGGAAUUUACAUAUUUUCCCUGGUGCUAUGCGUAAUAGGAAUGUUGGCGGCAUACCUGCACCGGCGAAUAGUAUUAAGCUUUGCCGAGGAAAGACAUUUCCUAUAUUACUACCUAUUCGGAUGGGGAGCACCGGUACUCGUAAUGAUACCAUAUAUUAUCGUACACUCGCUCGAAGAAUAUGAUAUUAAUUGCUGGACUACGCCAAUGUUUUAUCCAGAACUGAUCUAUGACAUUUUGCCUGUUACUUGUGUUGUGCUAAACGCCCUGCUACUAUUUAACGUUGUGAGGGUGUUAAUGACAAAACUUCGUUCAUCGCCCGACCAUUUCCGUGCUGGUCUACGGGCAUCCCUGAUCCUAUUGCCAGUGUUUGGCAUCCAGUACACUUUCUACAUCGCCAAUAUCGACCCAUUUGAGUCGUGCUCUACCGGCGUGUUUGUCGCCAAAUACAUACAGAUAGUGAUCGAAGCACUUCAGGGGGCGAUCGUCACCACUAUAUUCUGCUUUCUUAAUGGAGAGGUUCAUACGCAUGUCAAGCGUACAAUACAUAAGAUUAUACCCAGGAGCAGUAUCAUGCUCACUGAACAACAAGAAUUGGACAAGACCACUGAAUAAACUAGCCACGCCCUUUUAUUAUAAAAUAUCUAUAAUAAU